AUGGUAAAUUGCGUUAUCCCCCGACUAAGGAGAGCUUUAUGUUUUCCGAGCGAGAGCUGCUUCCCCAAUUUGAAAUGUAACAACUCAAAGAAAGCCCACAGGGGUGACAAGCAUUUGGCGCAAUACGAUCCGCUGAGUAUGCACCCUGGAUUGUGCAACAACUGGGAAAAUUAUCUAAGGGAAGUGAUCCCCAUUUUGGGCUCCUCCGUUGAAGUUAACAGAAGAGGGGGGAAAUUGAAAGUGUCGCAACGGGGGAGAAGUAAGGCUGUCAGUUGUGCCAGAGAGGAGAAUGACGGGGUUAAGAGGCGAAGAAGUGGGGGGAUGUGUAUUGGAAGGUGCUCUCGAGGAAGAGCUAAAAACGUGGUAGCAAAAGGGGCGAAGAAGUGUGUGCGCAAAAGUGGGGGGAAAGCAGCUGGAAAUUUUGUAGACCAAGCUGCUGCAGGAAGGGACAGCCAAGUGGUUGGCCAAAGCAAAGGGACGCAUAGAAGCAGCGUCCCCUCAACUGCGAAAGGAUUAGACCAAGUGAAAAACGGAUAUUGCAGUGCGGUAGAGAGAAAUCACCCCAAAGUGUACGUACAUAAGGAAGAGGUUGAAAAUGAACGAAGAAGAAAUUUAUCAGUGGAGACCAAUAUAAACAGCAGCAGGUACAGACUUAAAAGUAGUGGAGAUAGAGACAUAAAACGGGACGGGAGAAAAACGAGUAUCGUUGCUAAUGACUCACGUAGUUACAAUCAGAUAAGAGAAAGAGAAUACGAAGAGGAAAAAAAGAAGCAGGAAGAGUAUAUAAAAAAAAUUAACCUCAGUGGUGCAAAGAAAAAUAUGUUGAUUAAAGAAAUACACUCGCAAAAUAGGGAAGGAAAAACUGCUCCCAUGCGUUCAAAAAGUAGACGCACACAAGAGGAAGGAAAUUAUGAUUUUUUAAUUAACUCAAAUAUGGUGAAAGAACCCGAGGUAGGAGCUAGUAGAAGAGUUGAGGAAGUAUCAAAUAAUAUUUUGCUAAGGGGGAACAUAUAUAAAAUUGGAAACAGAAGCGAAACUAGAAAAGGAAGGCAAACUAAAAAGAAACAACAUGAGGAAUCGCAGAUGAACAAAAGGAAAACCCCUAAUUGCAGAGUGAAGAAUAAAAAAAAACAGCAAGGGGGGAACCGGGCCGUCCAGAACCAUUUACCGGGGGUAUUCAAAGAGGAAGCCAACAGCGAGAUAUGCACUAUCAGACCUCUUCAGGGGAAAGUUCCUUGUAUGAAAUUUCUAUAUCGGGAGAAGUGGACAUCAACUUUGACUCAGACUCGUGUGUGGGGGACGCUAAGUCGACGAGGAGUGGGCAUAGCGCGAGUGGAUCGAGGAAGGAGGCAAAGAGGAAAGAAGGGGACAAAUCGGGAAGGGGGCAUGACAGUUGAGAACUGCGAGGGAAUCACCACUCGUGAGCAACGCGCAAACCAGGCCAAAUAUGCCCAUUUAUCGGGGCUAAACGGCAUCCAAAUGAAGGGAAAUAAAAACACAAAUGUGUGUGAAAAAGGAAAAAUUCUUCUCAAUUUGAAAAAUAUGCCACCAAGGAAGAGAGAAAACACUGGACGGUUGCCACUUGGGGUAGAACCAAUUGGAGGCUUCGCACACAAAGUAAUGAACAGGAAGAGCGGACGAGCUACCGGUGCUGCGUGCCGUGAGAAGAAUUGUGAACCAGUUCAGGAGAUGAGCGGUGGUGGCGGCGGUGCUUCGAGGAGUCUCGUCGGACGAAGUGGGCAUAGCGGAGCCGCGUCCCCUCUGGGGGGAGAAAUACACAGCGAUGUAGAAGCAAAACGCAGCGAUGUGGAAGCAAAACGCAGCGAUGUGGAAACAAAACGCAGCGGAGUGGAAGACAAAUGGAAAGACCGCUUCAGAAAAAACAAACCCACUGAAAAGACGGAAGAGAAAAGGAAAAAAAAAAGUUCCUUCUUAACGACAGAAGACAAUGCCACACAUAGGACCCACUUACACGAAGCGAGCAGCAGAAAUAGCGGAAGGGAUACCACCAUCUCGAACAAGCGAAGAAGUAGCGACAUGAGGAGAAAAGCAUUCGUGGCGGGGUUAGAAGACUGUUCCUCAUAUUAUGAUCUGAAAAAGUGCAGUUUAAUUUUGGAGCACCUGCUAAAAUUGAUUAAAAAGGAAAAGGUGGAAAUGGAAUCUUACGAAAGCUGUAACGAGCUUAAUCAGUUUCAAUUGAAAAAAAAAGGGGAUUGGAUAAAUCGAGAAGGGGGCGAAGAAAGGGAGACCAAAAGUUAUAACGUGCACAUAGUAGGGGGAAAGUAUGAAAAGGAAAGGGGGAGCCAACUGUACAGUCAAUUGCUACCCCGCGCACCCGAGUCAGAGGACAGCACAGGUAUGGAGCACAGCACAGGUACGGAGCACAGCACAGGUGCGGAGCACAGCACAGGUACGGAGCACAGCAAAGGUACGAAACACAGCACAAGUACGAAGCGCAGCACAAGUAUGAAGAAUAGCUUACGAGUGACCACACAAAGAAAUGAAGAAAGAGCAAAUUACAAUUUUAGCUACCCGAGUAGUCACCAACCUGGUUUGAACAUCUCUAUUGGAAAGAAGCUCACCAAAAGGGGAAAAAAAAGGGACUCUUCCAAAGGGGUAAAAAGUGAAACUGUUCCAAAAAAAGACGUGCCCAAGUGGGACGCAAUAGAGGGGAAGAAAAAACGGAGCGCAUCCACGUGUUACUCAGAGGAGGCAGAAAUGAAGGUGAAGGCACAGAUGGACGCAGAAAUGGAAACCCUAACCAAGUUGAUAAAUUUAAAAAGCGAACAAAAUGAGAAGCUAAAAAUGUGUCUGAUGAUGCAGGAGAGUGAAAUUAAUUUGCUGCGUAAAAAGGCGGAACAGGAACAUGCAAGCAAAAAACAAGGGAAGGAAAAAAAUUGGGAAAACACCACUUUUUACAAAAAUUUAAUAAAAGCUAAACCCUCCACAUUUAUGGAGAUCAUUCUGAGUAACAAUCAAGACGUUCGGAACGGCACGCAAAUGAAGGACACAUACGAGUCAAGCGUGAAGGCAGAAAAAUGUAACUUUGCCAAAUCCUUUAAUCCUUGCUUAUGUACCAGUUGUGCUGUUCCGGGAGGAAGAGAAAAUAGUUCUUUUCGCUUAAAUGAUCUCAGCCAAUGUGGGGAACCCUCUGGGGGGGCAAACGCCCCCAUGCCCGCUGUCGAAAUGAAUGACCCCACAGCAGCUGUCGAAAUGAAUGACUCCACAACCGCUGUCGAAACGGAUCUCCCCAUGCCCGAUGUACAUACAAACGAAUUUGCCUCUAUGGAAUCGAAUUUUAAAUAUGGGGAGAAUCGAUAUCUACAAAGCUGCACAUUUAGUGGAGUGCCGACUGGGGGGAUCUGCUCCUACACAUGUUGCAUGCCUGGUAGAAAUUUCACAAAUCUGGUAGUCGAGGAUGCAACAGGUGACAAGUCCUGUUUGCAUCAGCGGAACGUUUCUUGUUCUCCACCAGGGGAGCCAAUGCAAACUGAUGUCUCUGGAAGGGAAAAGAGAAGGGGGUCCAGCCUGCACUCAAAGGGUUACCAUGCCAAGGGGUUAAGCGGUAUGGUAGGGGAUAGAAACAAGAAGGAUACAUUACCCAAGCCUAAGGCACACGCAGAGAAAAGGCUAAUAAAAAUAAACGGAAAGGGGAAGUUCCAAACGAGAAAGAAUAACUAUAAAGCACUUGCGGUGGGGAGUGAACAGACCUCGAGAUAUGCGAAUCGGGGAAAUUUGGGAACUUCGAACUAUGCCCAGUUGAACGGAAAAAAAGGUGAGACACAACAUGGGGGCUACUCAAAACAGAGGCAAAAUACGAGUAGGACGAAUAGCUACAAAGUGGAGGCUAACUACCCUGUUACAUCCAGCACCAUAAGUGUUAAGUGCCUGCCUAAGAGAAAAACGGCUGUAACUGGGUCGGAUAGAAAAAGCUGCUUUCUUUCUUCAAGGAAUGCCAACGUGGCAAAAAAAGGGGAUUAUGAACCCAAGAAGGAGGGCCUAUUCACGAAGCUAUUUUCCUACAUAAGGAAUAACAGCCUUUGUAACGAAAAAAAAAAUGGCAACUGUUUGAGGAGAAAUAAAUCGACUAGCUCAAUUGUCUUCGUGAAAAAUCACGAUUUGUCUCAACGGACGUAUGACAGAUCUCGGUCCUCCGGAUCCUUGCUUGACAGAACUGUAUCCACUGUUCACAAAAUGAAUUGUAUUAACACCCCGUACGUUCGUGCCGUCACUGUGUGUGGAAAUAUGUGUACACGAGGGGGUAACCUGAUGAAGGACGAGCAAAGAAAAAUAAUCAGUUCAGGGAAACAAAAUCGAUAUGGACUGAAUAAUACGCAUGGAGGGAGGUACCACUCAAAUGAUGGCAUUGUGACGAACCGCAUUUGCAAAGAGGAGGUAAACAAAACAGUUGUGGAAAAGGGCGUGAUAAAAAGCGGCUGUAAAUAUGUGCUAAAAAGAUAUGGUGGAACUGCACUGGGAUCCCAUUCUCAUCGUGAAAUUUUUAAAAAUAAAGAAAAAGGACAACUUGUUAAUGAUUUGCAUACCAUGGGAAAGGAUCCAUCGUUCACAAAUAUCAUGGAGCUUCAAAAGGAGGGGGGGAACGACAACCGAGUGAUGACUUGCGAGGCAUUAAGCGAGAUGGAACGCCCCAUAAUGCACAACGAAAUGAGAAUUAGUAGUGACAUCAUCGAGAAGGCAAGACUGAAAUAUUAUGCGUCGAAGAAGUGCGCUAAGUGCAGAGACGAGGCGGGCGCGGGGAAGGAGGAAAAUAAAAUAAAUCCACCUACGUGCUUCAACAAGGUGGGUAGUAAUAGCGGGAAGAAGGUAAUGGGACAUGGGGGAGCCACAAAAUUGGGGAGAGACAUCCAAACCAGCCUGAAUAAUCGUGCACAUUCAACAAAAAGGGGUAAUAACAAAAGGGGAGAAAUGAAACAUUUCGGAAUCAACCCUUCCAAGGGGCACCCAAGUAGGUGCCCUAAUGGUAACAAAAAAAGUCACAAAGCUGAAGUUAUUAAAAAGGAAGACCAUUUAGAUGGAUCAGCUGGUUCGGCUGGUUCGGCUGGUUCAGGCGACUCACCAAACAACAGCAACAAAUUAUGGGAAAAUAACAAAUCAGAGAAGGCAAGUGAGACUUACAAAAUUUUCGUUGUGAAAAAGGGGAACGAGGAUAAGUGCGCCGUAAAAAGGGAGCAAGGCAUCCAUUUAAGGGGGCACAAUGGUGAGGACCCAAAGAAAGGACAUCAAAACGUAGCACGUACAAAUGGAGGGGCAAACCAAAACAAAGUUAACUAUCGGGAGAAUGAUCGCUCUGUUAGUGCCGACAAAAGGAACGACUAUACAAAUGUGACGACCACCUCUGAUAGCGUCCAAACAAACACCAUGGAUGGUUACUCCACUUGCUCCAGUGAGGACAUAUACUUGUGGGAAAAAAAAAAAACAGCAAGGCGCGGAAAAAGGCCCUUAAUUCUGAAGGUGUAA